AUGUUACUUUCUGCUGUGUGUCUCAUUACUGGAGUAUUAGCAUUAUUACUCGUCCGCCGGCACCGUAAACUCAAGUCUCUUGUCGGGCUCUAUGGUCCACCUCCUAGUAGCUACCUCGCUGGGCACUUUAAGCACAUGUUUGGCCUACAUGGGAUUGACUUUCAACUCGAAGUACUGAGAAAAUACGGUCCGACAGUUGGAAUGACGGGUGUCAUGGGGGAACCAUUCAUACUCACAUUCGACCCUGGAUUUAUACACACCGUGCUUGUCAGGGAGAGGUCAAAGUUUGAGAGAAACGAAGGAGGAACCUUGAUGGAGAUGAGCAUCGGUAUCAUCGCAAACUGCUUAACCCAGUUUUUACGGUACAACAUCUUCGCGAAUGUAAGCUCCAACAUUUCCCUCCCAAGUCUAUCGACUGAUACCUCCCUUACAGUGCUCCCGGUAUUCACAGAUGUUGCGAAACAAGCAUGCCGUGCCAUCGACCAGUCCCUCUCAACGGAAGUAAAUGACGUAUUCCAGUGGUCCACAGCUGCCGCAUUGGAAUUUAUCGGCGAGGCAGGACUCGGAUACUCGUUUGGAUCGUUUAGCGGGGAAACGAACGAAUAUAGUGUAGCAAGUAAAAGCGUAUUCCAACUGUUUGCCAAACUUGUGCCGUUUAUCCCUCUCUACCCAUACCUUUAUCGUCUCCCCAUUACUCCGCAGCUAUUAUCAUAUGUUCCUUUUCCUUUAUUACAGCAAGUCCUGAAGGCCACGAAACUUCAGAACGAUCAGGCUGAGCAAAUUCUCCGGAAACGGAAAGAUCUCCUCGAACGAGGCGUCGACCUGGAAUCAGUAACAGGAAGGGGAAAGGACAUCCUGACUCAACUGAGCAACUCUGUCAUUGCUCGGAUCCUGGAUGUAGUUGCGCACGAUACUAAUAUUCAAGAUAAAAUGAGGGAAGAACUAUUGGAAAACAAGGACAAAGACACGCUGGAGCUACCUUAUCUCGACGCGGUCGUCAAAGAAACGCUGAGAUUAUAUCCUCCGGUUACGUACCUGGGUCGAGUAUGCGAAGAAGACACCGUUGUGCCUCUUAUCUACCCAAUAUCUACUCCUUCUGGAACAACCACCAACCUGCCGGUCAAAAAAGGAACCCGUCUUGCCUUGAGUGUAGUGUUCUCAAACCGCGAUGAGAGUGUCUGGGGGAAGCGAGCAAGCGAAUUUUGGCCCGAGCGAUGGCUCGAAACGGAGCAGCAGCAGACACACUCUCAUUUGCAAGGAAUUUAUUCUUCCAUGAUGACAUUUGGGCUCGGUCAAUAUUCAUGUAUCGGGUUCAAGUUUGCUGUUAUGGAAAUCAAAGUGAUGACCAGCCAGUUACUCAAGUCGUUCAGGUUUGAACCCUCUGGCGAAGACUAUGCCUGGGAGAAACAUAUCGAAUUUUUCAAAGAUUAUCUUAUGAAAAUUAUACGAAGAACAAGCAUCCACGCUGCCAUGCGUGAACAUAAACCCCAAGAACAUAUACCGGAAGAUACCUCGAGUAACGAUAAAGAGCGUGAAACUACAUCAAAGAAUACGGAGCAAGCUACUUCCAAUCAGGCGGAUGAUAUGAGCUACGAUGAUGUGGCCAAGCAGGCCCUUUUCCACUGGGACAGGUUCAGUCGCUUGGGCAAUCUAGAUGACCUUGAGAAAGUUAUUGGCUACUCAAUUCGUGGACUCGAUCUGAUUCCGGAAGGAGGGCCAGACACAAUACGUUGGUUAGGUUUUCUAGUAAAAUGCCACGAUUCUCGGUAUCUUCGCCUCAAGGACUUGGAUGACCUGGAAAAAUCGAUUGCUUGGUGUAUCCGACGAAUGGAGGUGACCCCAAAGAACGAUGUAAGCCUCCUGUCGCAGCUGAAGGAUAUGGUGCUAUUGUACAAGGCACGAUAUCAACGGCUUAGAAGAGCUCAUGAUCUCGAAAAAAUGCUGGAAUACAGUUCCCGUCUACUUGCGUACACUCCUGAGGGACACCCGAGCUUACCAGAGGUGCAUGAUCGCGUGGGGGAGUCAUACAUCUAUCGGUAUGAAUGGAACAAUUGCGAGGCUGACCUGAAACAAGGGAUCAGAUAUCGCUCUUUUGCACUGGAGCUCACUCCCGACGGAGACGAGUGCUUGCCAUACCGGUGCGCUGCUGUAGCGGAGGCAUAUCUCCAUCUUUAUCGACGAAUAGGAAACAUGGCUGACCUGAAAAAAGGGAUCGAAGAUUACACUCGUGCACUGGAACUCACUCCCGAUGAUAACCCUGUCAUGGCACACUGGCUUGCUUCUCUAGGGAGAGCAUACAGCGAUCAAUAUGAACGGAUGGAAGACAUGGAUGCCUUCUCCAGGUCGAUUGAUCAGACGUCUCGUGCGAUUGAACUUACUCCCGACGGCCAUCCAGGCCUAGGAGAUUGUCAUGAGAUUCUAUCUAGAUUAUACCAUCAUCGAUUCCGCCGGCUGGGAGACGCGACUGACCUUUCCAUAUCGAUGGAACACAUAUCCCGUGCACUUAAGUUCACUCCCGACGGGAGCCAACAACUGUCAGACCGCUUUUCUUUUCUCGGAGGGUUAUAUCUGGAACUUUAUCAAGCGAGGGGAGACCACCAAGACCUGGAUAGAUCGAUCAAAUUAAUGACUCAUGCAAUCUCGUUUGCCCCCGAAGACCACCACCCAGCGCGAGCAUUCCUGUAUUUUAGUCUAGGGACGCCACACGGCGAUCGGUACCGUCGAACAGGAAACUUGGCUGACCUGGAGAAAGCGAUCGAGUACCACGAUCAUGCAGCGGAGCUCACUCCCAAAGGCCACACCCUCUUGCCAGUCCGGUAUGUUGCUCUAUCAAUGGCACUUGCGGACCGUUACCGGCGGAUGGGAGACCCCGUCGAUCUGGGGAGGGCGAUCUCAUUCAUUAUGUCUGUACUAGACCUGACUCCUGAUAACCACCCAAGCUUCCCAGAGCAGUGCACCAGUCUGGGGCAGUUAUACAUCGAGCAAUUUCGACGGUUCGGACAUAUAUCUGACAUAGAUAAAGCGAUAGAAUACCGCUCUCGUGCACUGAAACUCACUCCCAGCGACAACAAACGCCUAAAUGUCAUGCUUUCUAAUCUCGGAUUGUGCUACAUCUAUCGAUGUGAAUCCUCAGGGGACAUCGCUGAUGUGGAAAAAGCUAUUGAACACAACUCUCGCGCACUGGAGCUCACUCCCGAUGGUCACAUAGGCCGACCAGGGGUCUGUAUUUUUCUAGGGAUCUCAUAUAGAAAUCGAUAUCAACUGAUGGGAGACAUUGCCGACCUGGAGAAAUCGAUCGAAUACACUUCUCAUGCACUCACACUCACUCCUGACGGUCACAUAGAGUUGCCUUUCCGACACUACCUAAUGGCCGCAUCCCGUCACCAGCAGUAUCAGCACACAGGCGAUCCAUCUCAUCUUGAGGUCUGCCUCGUUUCCUUUCGUCGGUCCUCAAAGCUAUCAGUCGCACCACCACGCAUUGUGUUCAAUAAUGCUCUUGACUGGGCAAGGCUCGCAUCUCGGCAUACCUAUCUCCAUCCUAUCGAGGCUUUCCGUGCGGCCAUGGAGCUUCUGCCUCACUUUACCUGGCUUGGCGCCACCGCUUCUCAGCGAUAUUAUGAUGUGACUAUGAUGGAUAACUUGGCUGUAAGAGCUGCUGCUGUUGCCAUCCGAUCCUCAGAAUACGCUACAUGUCUGGAGUGGCUGGAGCAUGGACGGUGUCUUGUGUGGAAUCAGGCACUUACUCUUCGAUCCCCGCAAGCUAUCCUUGAAAAAUCUCACCCAGAACUCGCUGCUCAGCUUUAUGACGUCUCUCAGCAGCUUCACUGCAAUGAAAACCCGAAGUAUCGGUACGAUCUAGCGAAGAAAUAUAGCGAUCUGUUGACUCAGGCACGGUUAUUACCCGGGUUCGAGGAUUUUCUGCAGCCCACAAAGGCUGCCGGUCUCUUGAAGGCUGCUCGACACGGUCCCGUGGUUGUGGUGAACUGCUUCAGGAACGAUUGCGACGCGCUUGUGAUCAUGCCUGGACAGGAUGACAUUGGUCAUGUCGCUCUGCCGAACUACACUGAAGCCAAAGCACGACAUGCUCGAUCGGAGAUAGAACAGCUGGUGUGUAACAAGGGGCUUCGAGAACGUGGAUUCAUGCUCAAGGGCGGACGCGCCCGGGUUCAAGAACCCGAUCCGGACGUGGGACUGGUGUUAGCGGAUCUAUGGAACGACGUCAUUAAGCCGGUGCUCGAACAUUUGGGAUACCUGACCAAUGAUGUGACUGGCCAGCUACCACAUAUCACAUGGUGCCCUACAGGUGCACUCACCUUCUUACCGCUACACGCAGCUGGUGACUAUGACCAGCCCCGAUCAAAAGUGUUCGAUUAUGUGGUAUCGUCAUAUACCCCGACCCUCACCGCACUGCUCACCUCUGCUCCGACCAUGCCACACCGUGUUCCUCGCGUGCUUGCUAUUGGCCAAACGGCUACGUCCGGCUACAGUCAGCUGCCAGGCACCACCAGGGAACUCGCAUCUAUCAGGACUCACACCCGCGACCGAGCCGAGUACUCGCAACUCACCGGCAGAAAAGCAACUCCCAAGGCUGUACUCAAGGCGAUGGAGAAUCAUGACUGGGUGCAUCUUGCCUGCCAUGCUCAUCAGAAUGUGACCGACCCGACCAAGAGUGGAUUCUUUCUGCAUGGCGGCAGGCUGGACUUUGCUGAAAUCACCCGACGAUCGUUCAGGAGCAAGGGACUGGCGUUCCUGUCGGCUUGCCAGACGGCGACUGGGGACGAGAGGCUGCCGGACGAAGCGGCCCAUCUUGCGUCUGGGAUGCUGAUGGCGGGAUAUCCCAGCGUCAUAGCGACGAUGUGGUCAGUGAUGGACGAAGAUGCGCCGAUGGUGGCGGACAUGGUGUACUCGGAACUGAUGAAGGACGGGAAGGUAGGGGGUGGGGAGGCGGGGAGGGCGUUGCACAACGCUGUUGCGAGACUGCGUGAGAAGGUGGGAGAGCGGAACAUUGCGCGAUGGGUGCCAUACAUCCACAUAGGAUCGUAG